UGCAUUGGUGACACUCAACAAAUGGGUUUGGGGUAUUUCAAUAGUAUGCCCAGUAUUUCUAAGAGCUAAUGUCUUUAAGAUAUUUAGAUUAUUUGGCACAGUAAAAGGAAUCACCCAAGACUGUAAUUUAUGCCAUGUAUCACUCCAAAUCUGGACAUAACAACAUUGAAUUUGUCGACUGCUAUUAAUACUAUAAACAUACAUAGUGAAAGUACAGUUUAAACUGGACUUUAAACAUUUUCAAACAUGUGCCAACGCACACACACAGGUGAUUAAUUGUACAAUUAUGGGUUAGGCUUGACUUUGAAAUGGUGCAUUGCAGUUGGUAUUCUGAGUCAUGUUAUUUAUACUGCUACUAAAGAUAUUACCUAGAGCUUAACAUUUGAGUCUAUGGUAAAAAGCUACUUUCCUGGGAUUCACAAUACACGUGUAAGAGGGCUAAUUGAAUUGCUGUUAUUUAUGAAACAUUUUAGUAUGAACAUUGUUUUACUUGGAUCAUUAUUUUCUUGCUUCUGUCUAACUUUACCAUUUAUAGAUGAACCUUAUAGUUCACGCAAUACAGAAUUUAAGAUGAGAAUACUGCCAUCUGCUGGAUACAUCUGGAAAUCCAAGAUGACACUAAAUCGCAGGGAUGCGCCUACGUACGUUUUGACGUCUACCGUUUCCGGAAGUCGAUCGUUCACUCCGGUGGUCCAGAGUAAAAAACAAUAGCGCAAACAAGUAUACCGUAUUUCUGUAAUUGCAACAUCACAAAUGUCAGUGGGGACCCGUUUAGAGAACGCAAUCCCUUGAUUUUUCAACGAACAGGCGAGACUUCAGACCACAGAGGACGAGGACGAAGAUGUUGCUGAUCCCAUCGACGACAGAGAAAUAUUUGAUAUUCUUUCGAUCUAUUAAUGAUCCUGAACACCCACUGUCCCUCGAGGAAUUGAACGUCGUAGAACAAGUGCGAGUGCGCGUAGAUGAUCAAGAGAACACUGUGGGUGUGGAGUUCACCCCCACUAUACCCCACUGCAGCAUGGCAACUCUCAUAGGCCUGUCCAUCAAAGUCAAGCUGCUGCGAUCCCUACCAGAAAGGUUUAAGAUUGAUGUGCACAUCACUCCUGGGACGCAUACCUCAGAAGAUGCAGUCAACAAACAGCUGGCAGACAAAGAGAGAGUGGCCGCUGCACUCGAGAACUCCCAGCUUCUGGAGGUGGUCAACCAGUGUCUGAUAUCCAAUGCAAGGACAAGCUGACCGUCCUGAUGGAUCAUUAGAAAGUUAUCCUUAGUCCAGGAGUAGGCUUAAUGUUUCUCUCCUGACAUAUUAACUGGACUGGUUGUUCUGUUUAUGUUGAGUAAAUGGCAAAUGUAUCUCAUAUGCUGCCAUUGUAUUUUUAUCUAACAGAAAUCCCUUGUAUCAUGUUUGAGUCUGUGUUGUAGGCAGAAAUACUAAACACACACUAGUUAUAUCUUCACUAGAUCUUCAGUUUUGCACUAUAAUAAACAAGCAUUGUUAUCCUUUAUUAUACAAGUAAACCAAUAAAACACAAGGUCAUAUCUUAUUUCAUUGAAAGCAUACCUGAUAUUAAUGGCAUUUGCAAAGAGAACAGAGAAAAUGUUUCUCAAAUAAAAUGUAAACCAAAUGACUGGGGAAGUGGCCCUGACACUGAAUAAGAAAGGCCAUUGUUUAUAACAUAUGUCUGGGAAUUAUUUUUAUUUUUUUCAUCAGAUGCCUUAUUUUAUAUUUGUCCAAAAUAGUAUAAAAUAUGUGAAAUAGCAUUUGAGUUGUGUUUUUCUCACUUAAAUGUGGUUGUAAAUAAAUGACUUGAUAUAAAAUGUA